AUGGUGAACACGAAUCUGUGUUAUCCAAUGAUGUUGAUGACGACAAAGCCCAUGGAAAGCAUAGUGAGUGCUCGACACUGCGUGUUAGCAGCUUCCGGUUAUAAUCAAUUACAGGCUCAUGGAAAGAAGAAUAAAAAAAGCAAGAAAAGCGAAAGUGAAACGGUCGAAGUGGCCAACGGUCAUGUUACUCACGCAGCUUUCGAUCAACCCGACCAUCAAGUAGAUGGCGAAAAGAAGAAAGGUCAUAAAGGAAAGAAACACGAGCCUGAAGAGCAGCCGUCUGUGGAGGCCACGGUGGAAGCCGAACAAAAGGACAGCAAUGGACACCAUGAGCACACCAAGGAAAAACAUGAGACCGAGCAGGAUGAGCCAUCAUUGAAAAAGAAUAAGCAAAAGGAAAAGAAGAGCAAGCAGGUAUCCUCUCCAACCAUUGAAGUGCCUACAGUAACUGUGAUGACGGAACAGACGAAACACGAGAACGAAAGCGCGCCGACGAUGACCGAAUCACCACCAAUUCAGGUUCAUGAAGUAACAAGUACAGCUAAUGUGAAUGGAGUAAAAGAAACCUCUCACACUUCGCCAAUGACCUCUCCAACGCAAUUUGCCCAGAAUGUCGAGAAAUUGGUUUCCCAUACUAUGCACAGGACAACUGUUCAGGAAACGCUGCAUAGGACUAGACCCGAGAUUAUUGAAAUUGAUCCAAAUGUGAAGGUGACGAUCGAUCAUCAACUCGCCCAACUUGCCGAGAGGAAGCCGGAACCAACCGAGCAUAAGAUCCACAUCACCCCACUCCCUAUUGAACUGCACUACUCGAGACCUACGACCCCCUCGAAUCGCGAACGAGUUUACAAACUGCUCCCUAAGGAUAUCAUCUUCUGUUCUGGAUUGUUGGACUCACAUGGGGAGAACUAUGCGGCAAUGGCAGCCGAUAAAAGGAAUAUCUACAAGGAAAAUGCACGGGGUAUUCAAAGAAAAAUGAGGAUUUUCAAGGAAUCUCCACACUAUCAGACAUAUCUGCGCGCUAAGGAGGAAGGCAGAUCAAUUGAAGAUGUGUUGGCCGAAGAGGGCCAGAUGUGA